AUUCGAGCGGAUCUUUAUUUCGUUUACAUUAAUUUAAAACUUUCUGUUAUAAUUUCUGGUUUUUCAAUGGAAAAUAACUCUGAUUACCAAAAAACUGACGAGAAUGUAAAUUCUACGACUAGAUGUAAAUUUUUUCUUGACAGAAAGAAGAGAUUCUGUAAAGCAACUUCAAGAUAUGAUUCAAACUUCUGUGUUGAACAUGGAUAUCUUUCAAAUGACUCUGAGACUGAAUUUUCAAGGAAGCGUAUGCUUUGUCCUCUGGAUCCUAAACACUCUUGCUACGCCGAUAAAAUAGACAAGCAUUUGAAAAAAUGUAACUCCCGAAAGGAGCUUUAUCCGGUUUAUUACCAAGAAAACUUGAACUCUGGAUAUUCCCCAUUGAAUCCGAAUGAAUAUAGAAAGACCAUUCGCGACAUAGAACUUCCUGAACUUAUUGGCCUGAUCGAGAGAAUAAAUUUCUACUAUGAAAAAUAUUAUCAGACUGAUACUUUAAAUGAGUAUUUAUGUCAUGAUUCUGUUGAAAAAGAUAUUUCGGAUCCAAAAACCGGGAAAUCAGCCGUCAAGCAUCUUAAACAACAGGGUUCAAUCAUAGAACAUAUCAACAGGUUGGAGUUGCUUCAAGACGAUACUUGCUUUAUUGAGUUUGGCGCUGGAAAAGGUGGAUUAUCUCACAUACUAGAAAAAGCUUCUAAAGAACUCAAUAGUGUUCAAUUCAUUUUAAUCGAAAGAGGAGCAGUCAGAUACAAGAAAGACAACUAUCAUAAAGAAGAAAACCAAGGACCUAUAUUUGAAAGAUUAAGAGUUGAUAUAGAGCAUUUAGCAUUAGGUAAAUAGCUAUUAAGCUCAGCGAACUUCAAUUACUAUCGAAAUCUUUUCUCAGAUAAAGUAGAGUCUUUAAAAAAUCCAAAAAAGAAAGUGGCUAUAGGUAAGCAUCUCUGUGGCUCAGCUACAGAUAUGAUGCUACGCUGCUUAAUGGAAAAUUGGUUAUCUGGAACAGGGAAUCAAUUCCGUGGAUUAGUUCUCGCUCUUUGUUGCCAUCAUAGAUGUGAUUGGAAGUCAUACGUGGGAAAGAAAUUUUUUGAAGAAGCUGGAUUUUCAGCCAGAGAUUUUCACCUUAUAAGCACGUUAAGCAGCUGGUAUACAUGUGGAACAAAGGAUAUCGAAAUAAAAGAAGGAAAAUUAACUCUUGAAGAAAGAAGUCAAAUUGGAAAACGAUGCAAGCUAUUGAUAGACUUUGGACGAAAGCAGUAUUUAAAAUCAUUUAACUUAGAUUCACAAUUGGUAGCAUACGUUGAUCCUGAUAUAUCUUUGGAGAACAUAUUAUUGAAAGCUAAAUUUCUCAAAUAAAAUGAUAAACAUAU